UCCAAUAAUAAACGGAAAUGCUAAAUACAACUUGCAAAAAUAUACCGAUUUAGAUUACGGAAUCAGUUGCAUAGCAACCAAACAACCAUGGCUACAGCAUUCAGCAAGUCCUCGAUAGGUCCAGGUACGAGACACAUACUAGCUAGUCAGGGUCCCUCUCCCUACCCACUUCACUUUUACUCUACUACAUAUUCUACACAGCAUGGAAGGACAGGACCUCCACUCGCUAAAGACUGGAGGCACAAAGGAACUGGGUACUCUGCUAACUUUAGACCAGCAGUUUAUUACAACAAGGAGACAGACCUUAGGGAGAACCCUAGUGUAGCCAAUAUACUCCAUACAGUAUAUGAUACUUCAAUGUCUAUCGAUUUUAAGAGACCAGCUACACUGCACGGAUACGAGUCAUUACCUAAUGCUUUACAACUGGGCCCCUCAGGCUACACACACAACACUCCAGUCACAAGAGCACUCUACUCUCAUAAAGCUAGUUCCAAUACCAAGUACAGGGUAGAGUAUCCGAGGAAAGGAUUCAGAGGGAGUGAGCAAGGAGCCGCUAGUACUCACAGCAGACAAGAGAAGAGUGGAUACGUUCACUCUUUCAAUGUAGAGCCACUCACUUACAGACCCACUGAAUGUCACAAUGGUGAAAUACCAGGUACUUAUACAUGGAGGCCAACAGGGAGCAGUAUUAUGAAGAAAGAUUACAAUGGAUGGAGCCCAAUGACUGGGAAUGAAUCAAUACCAGGUACUUCAAGAAGAGCUAAUGAAUCUAAUGGAUACGUCAAGGGCAACCAUUAUCCAGUGAAAGCAGAACCGCAAGAUUUUAAAGAUCCUGCAGUACAUGAAGUACCAGAAAGAUUAGCUCAUGCUAAACAUAAGCUAGACCCAGCCAGGUUCAGUUUAAUAACUCACCCAAAGCAAUACACAGCAUACUCUAAAAUAAUUCACACUCCACAAAAUAUUCAUCCUUACGCCAACAAAUGGAGCAAUGAAGUUGGAAAGAAAGAGAUAAGUGGAUAUACUGAUAAUACCUUGCCACAUCAGGCACCACCAGAUCAAAUACAUUACAAUACUUCAUCAGGAGAUCAUUUUAGUGAGCCAGCAUUGCCAAUAGUGCCAGUUCUUGAUACAGUUAGAUACUGUACCAGGUCUGACGGUUAUACCAAAAGUACACGUGUUCAUUCUCAUGGUAUACAAUACGAACCACUUAAAACAAUAAGAGAACAGAAACCAUAUGUUGUAAAGAGUAUAUUAGCUACUGAUCCUUGUUUCAUUGACACAAGAUAUAUCAGCAAGAAAAGACAAUGAUUCACAACUUUAAUCAUGUAGUAUAGUUCAAGUAGCAACAAUAUUGUUAGCCUAUGAUAAUUGUCAAUAAUUUUUCGUUUAGUUUCAAUUUAUUUAAUUAUUUAUUUUUCAUCUUUA